CUAAGGAAUUAGAAUUUAUUCUCAAUAUGAAAAGUACGGAAUCGGUUUUUUUGUUUGUAAUAAUAAAUUUAUAAAAAAGUUAAAAUAUUUUAAUUUGUAUCGAGUAAGAUUGUAACAUGAAAGACUGCAUUCCAAGAGGUACUUUAUUUUGCUAUUGGAGCAACUUAAAAGAGCAUCCUCAAUGUCUUCAUGGACCACUUUUACUUUUUGGGCGUGAGAUUGAUGGAACAAUUAAUAAAUUUUAUGCUUGCUCGGCAUGUAGAGAUAGAAAGCUUUGUUCAAUUUAUUUUGAAUAUGGGGAGAAGCCACUUGACAAACAGAAAUUAUUUUUUGAACAAGACAGAAAGAAAGCUUUACGGCCAUAUAAUCAUCAAAAAUUAUUUAUUCAAUAUAACAAAUUGAUGAGUGAAAAUCCUCUUAAAAGAACGUACUGUUAUACGUGUGAAAAACUGUUAAUGAUAUCUGAAUUAGAAAAGCAUAAAGAGCAUGAAAUCAAACAAAAUCUUUCGGAUUAUCUCAUGACCCAUCCUUCGGAAAUCUUGAAACCUUUAGAGAAUUCCAAAAAAGAGGCUCAAUAUUUAUUUUCGAAAAAAACAGUUAAAGAUAUCAUAAAUAUCUUAAUUGAUUUAAAUGCUAAGAAUGUUUUGUGCAUCGGAACACCAAGAUUACACGAAUAUAUAACUGAAAAUUUAGAAGGACAGAUGUCUAGUCUUUUAUUGGAUAUUGAUGGGAGAUUUCACAACUUUUUUGGACCAUUAAAUUAUUGUUGGUAUAAUUUGUUUAAUCAUCAUUUUUUUAAUGAAAAUUCAAUGUAUGUUUUCAAAGAAUUUUUAACACAAGAUCAAGGUGAAAAUAUGUAUUUGAUAUGUGAUCCACCUUUUGGGGGUAGAGUUGAACCGAUUUCACAAACAAUUAAGACUAUCAGUGAUUUGCACAAGAAUUUGAAUAAAAUCGAUACAACUGCAAAUGAAUUAAAAAUUAUUUUUAUUUUUCCAUAUUUUAUGGAAGCUAUAAUUAAGGAAAAAUCUAAUCCUCCAAAUAUUUUUGGGGGCUUAAAAGAUUUAAAAAUGGCUGACUACAAAGUAGAAUAUGAUAACCAUCCACUAUUUGUUCCAAAAAUGGAUAAUAAACAGCAAGGAUCUCAAGUACGUAUCUAUACAAAUAUUUCAUUAAAUUUGAUUAAGUUACCAGAAUCUGACGGAUACAAAUAUUGCAAAAAAUGUUUACGAUGGGUAACUAUAGAAAACAAACAUUGUAAAAUUUGUCGUAAUUGCACUUCUAAAAAUGGUAAAAGAUAUAAACACUGUAAGUUAUGUGACCGUUGUGUUAAACCUUCGUGGCAGCAUUGCAAGACAUGCAAUCGAUGUUCAUUACCAAAUCACACAUGUGGACAAAGACCAAACAUAGGUCAUUGUUUUACAUGUAACGAAGCAGGUCAUACGAAACAAGAAUGCUCAAAGAUUUUUAAGAAAUCUGUAAUAAAUGUUUUAAACGAGAAAAGGCAUAGAAAUCAGAUUGAAAGCGAACCUCAUCCAUUAAAAAGCAAAAAGUCGAAAUAUUAAUAUGUAAUUAUAAAAUUAAAAGAAAAGAUAA